AUGCUUAAUGGGGUGGAGGAUGGUUUUGAACUGAGCAAAGAGGAUAAGAGAAGGAAGAAAGACAAGAAGAAAGCUGAAGUUUCUAGCGAUGUUGAACUUGAUGGUACUCAGAAUGAGGAUAUAGAUAUAAAGGACAUCAGUGUGCACGAGGCGGCAAUUUUUGAAGGGAAGAUGGGAAAGAAGACUAAGAAAAAUAAGAAGAAUGAGGCUAGUGCUUCAAAAGAAGUGAGUGACUACAAUGGGGCAAUGCUUAAUGGGGUGGAGGAUGGUUUUGAACUGAGCAAAGAGGAUAAGAGAAGGAAGAAAGACAAGAAGAAAGCUGAAGUUUCUAGCGAUGUUGAACUUGAUGGUACUCAGAAUGAGGAUAUAGAUAUAAAGGACAUCAGUGUGCACGAGGCGGCAAUUUUUGAAGGGAAGAUGGGAAAGAAGACUAAGAAAAAUAAGAAGAAUGAGGCUAGUGCUUCAAAAGAAGUGAGUGACUACAAUGGGGCAAUGCUUAAUGGGGUGGAGGAUGGUUUUGAACUGAGCAAAGAGGAUAAGAGAAGGAAGAAAGACAAGAAGAAAGCUGAAGUUUCUAGCGAUGUUGAACUUGAUGGUACUCAGAAUGAGGAUAUAGAUAUAAAGGACAUCAGUGUGCACGAGGCGGCAAUUUUUGAAGGGAAGAUGGGAAAGAAGACUAAGAAAAAUAAGAAGAAUGAGGCUAGUGCUUCAAAAGAAGUGAGUGACUACAAUGGGGCAAUGCUUAAUGGGGUGGAGGAUGGUUUUGAACUGAGCAAAGAGGAUAAGAGAAGGAAGAAAGACAAGAAGAAAGCUGAAGUUUCUAGCGAUGUUGAACUUGAUGGUACUCAGAAUGAGGAUAUAGAUAUAAAGGACAUCAGUGUGCACGAGGCGGCAAUUUUUGAAGGGAAGAUGGGAAAGAAGACUAAGAAAAAUAAGAAGAAUGAGGCUAGUGCUUCAAAAGAAGUGAGUGACUACAAUGGGGCAAUGCUUAAUGGGGUGGAGGAUGGUUUUGAACUGAGCAAAGAGGAUAAGAGAAGGAAGAAAGACAAGAAGAAAGCUGAAGUUUCUAUCGAUGUUGAACUUGAUGGUACUCAUAAUGAGGAUAUAAAUAUGAAGGAUUAUGCAGAAGUGGAUGAUAAUUAUCGGAGAGAAAAGGAGAAGAGGAAGAAGAAAAGGAGAAAAUUAGAACCUGGUGAGGAUAAUGACGAGUCAAAUAAUGAGAUUCACAUGGGAGGAGAAGAGAGGAGGUGCUUGCAAAUAGAUGAUGACAAGGAUUUAGGGAAUGAUAGUGAAUCUAAAGCAAGAAAAGAAAAGAAGAAAAGGCACAAGGGAGAUAGAAAGAAAGACAAAAAAGAAUCUGUUUCUUCUCCAAUGAAAGUUUGUAAAGAUAAAGAGACAGAAAAAGAUGAGGUAGUCAAGGAUCAGAAAAGUUCUCGAAAGGACAAUAUUGCUGAUAUGAAGAAUGGGGAAGAACAGAUUGAAAAGAAGAAGACACACAAAGGGAGAAAAGGCAAGGAAAUUAUUGAUUUCAAGGGGAAGAAGAAAAGUACAGCUACAGAAGAUGUCGGGAAAGUGAGGGAGUACUGUGAUGUGGAUGUUAGUGAUAAGGUCGAAACGAAGAAGAGGAAGAGAGAGAAGAAAAAGGGUAAAGAUGAUUUGGGUGCUGGGAUGCAAGAAAUGAUGGCUGAGGAGUUUGGCAACAAAAGCAGUUCGACUGAAGAUAAAGAUUUUGGAUACAACAAUCGAAAUCAUCAUUCAGCUAGAAACAAAAUGCAGGAAAUAGAGACAAAAAAUGGCGACAAAGGUAAUAGGAAGAAGCCCAAUUCUUUUGAACCAGGUUCUGAAGAUCCUAAACCUAAAACGAAAUCUAAAAAAGUUAGGUUUUCUGGUAAUAUAGAGGUUUUCCCUUCAUCUGAUGGUCCAAGUAAGGGGAAGGAAAAGAACGAGGAUGAGAAAUUAGUGCAAGGUAAGCGGUUUUCACCUGAAGAAGAUGAGAGAAUUAAAGACGCUGUUUCUAACUAUAUACGGUAUAAUGACUUGGGUGAAGACGGCUUGGCCAUGGUUUUACGCUGUGGUUCUCACCCAAAAAUAAGGCACUGUUGGAAGGACAUUAGCGCCGUUUUACCUCAUAGGCCUCUUAAAUCUGUAUAUUACCGAGCUCAUAUUUUUUUUGAAAGGGCUGAAAGUCGUUCAUGGACUACUGAAGAGCUUGAACUUGUAAGAAAGUAUCAUGAACAACAUGGCCCAAAAUGGAGGGAGUUGGCUGAUGCACUUGGAAAACAUAGAUUUCACUUGAAGGAUGCAUGGCGCAGAAUAAAACUACCUAACAUAAAUAAAGGACAUUGGUCCCAGGAGGAGUACCAGAAUUUAUUUGAUUUAGUGAACAUGGAUUUGAGAAUGAAGGCUUAUGAGGAAAAGAAGUCAAAGCAUGGCAUGUUGAGAGAUAAUAUUAGCCGGGGUGCAAUUAGUGACAAGUUGUUAACUCGAAGUGAUAAAGUCUGCUGCGAGAAAUGGUACCAUCAGUUAUCAUCAUCUAUGGUAGCUGAAGGGAAUUGGGCCGAUACUGAUGAUUAUCGUCUACUUGAUACACUUUUUAGCUUGGAUGCGUGUUGCAUAGAAGAUGUGGAUUGGGACUAUCUUCUUGACCAUAGGUCUGGAGAUUUAUGUAGGAAGCGCUGGAAUCAAAUGAUCAAUCACAUAGGUGAACAUAAAAACAAGUCAUUUGCUGAACAAGUUGAAAUUCUCACAAACCGAUAUUGUCCAGAUUUACUCGAGGCAAGAGAGGCCUGGGAUAACAAACCCUUUGUUGAUUGA